AUGCUAUCGUCAACUCUCCUCCUAACGGCGCUGGCCGUGCCAGCGGCUUUCGCCCAGUCUAAUCUUGACUGGGAUGCUGCCUACACGAAAGCUACGACAAUGCUGGGUAAACUCACGUUGCAGCAGAAGAUCAAUAUGGUUACUGGUGUUGGUUGGCAAAAAGGCCCUUGUGUCGGUAACAUCGCGGCCAUUAGCAGCGCAGGCUUCCCGGGAUUGUGCUUACAGGAUGGGCCCGUUGGAGUCCGGUAUGCGAGCGGUGUCACUGCUUUCCCAGCCGCUAUUCACUUGGGUGCUACAUGGGAUAAAGAUCUUAUGAGAGCGCAGGGAGUGGCUAUGGGUGAGGAGUUCCGAGGAAAGGGAGUUAACAUUGCACUUGCACCAGUAUCUGGUGCGUUGGGAAAGAUUCCACAGGCCGGACGAAACUGGGAGGGUUACAGCAAUGAUCCGUACCAUGCAGGUGUUGGUAUGACGGAAGUUAUCACUGGGGUCCAAAGCGUCGGUGUCCAGGCUUGUGCCAAGCACUAUAUUGGUAACGAGCAGGAACGAAAUCGAGAAACCAUGAGCAGUAAUAUUGACGAUAGAACCAUGCACGAGUUGUAUCUUUGGCCUUUUGCGGAUGCUGCGAAGGCAAAUGUUGCCACCUUUAUGUGCAGCUAUAAUAAACUCAACAGCAGUUGGGCUUGUGAUAACGACUAUGCCCUGAAUAAGCUCCUUAAGGGAGAACUGGGUUUCAGGGGACAGGUUCUGUCUGAUUGGAACGCCAAAACUACCACAGGUGGUGCUACUCGUGGCCUUGACAUGACCAUGCCGGGCGACAACUUUGGUGAUAACAACUUCGUUUGGGGCCAAAACCUCUUGAACGCCGUCAAUCAAGGCAGUGUAUCAACUUCCCGUCUCGACGACAUGGUAAAGCGUAUCUUUGCCAGCUGGUACCUCGUCGGCCAGGACCAAAAUUACCCAUCUGUUAGCUUCAAUUCGUGGAAUAACAAUGGAGGCGGGGACGUGUCCGGAAACCACAAGGAGCUUGCUCGAACAGUUGCGGGUGACGGUAUUAUCUUACUGAAGAACGUCAAUAAUGCACUUCCAUUGAAAAAGCCUGCUUCGCUGGCUAUCAUUGGAAGGGAUGCGAUUAAUAAUCCUGCCGGUAUCAACUCAUGUACUGAUAGAGCAUGCAACGAUGGCACUCUCGCAAUGGGAUGGGGAUCUGGAACCACCAACUUCCCUUAUCUGAUUGAUCCGCUCACUGCUAUCCGUGCUCAAGCCCAGGUUGAUGGCACUACGGUUGUUACUUCCACCACGGACAAUGCAUCCCAGGGCGCUUCCGCCGCUCAGUCUGCUUCUACCGCUAUCGUAUUUAUCAACGCCAACUCCGGAGAAGGAUAUCUUACAGUGCAAGGAAACAGUGGAGACAGAAACAACCUGGAUCCCUGGAACAACGGAAAUGACCUCGUAAAAGCAGUUGCCGCCGUCAACUCCAAGACGAUUGUCGUGAUCCACUCUGUUGGGCCGAUCAUUUUAGAACAAUUUGUUGAUUUACCAAAUGUCAUCGCUGUCGUUUGGGCCGGCCUCCCCGGACAGGAAAGUGGAAACGGCCUCGUCGAUGUUCUUUAUGGUAGCAAGGCCCCAGGUGGAAAGCUUCCAUUCACUAUUGCCAAAUCCCCAUCGGAUUAUGGUACCAGCAUCAUUAACGGCGACGACAACUUCUCAGAGGGUCUCUUCAUCGACUAUCGUCGAUUUGACGCUCAGGGAAUCACCCCACGAUAUGAAUUUGGUUUUGGUCUCUCCUAUACCACAUUCUCGUUCAGCAACCUUGUGAUUUCAUACACCAGCACCACAACCGGACCAAUCUCUUCGACUCAGAAUGCCCCAGGUGGCUACCCAGCCCUCUAUGAACCUGUUGCAACAAUCACGGCCCGCGUUACCAACACUGGUGGCGUCGCUGGCUCAGAGGUGGCUCAACUUUACAUUGGCCUUCCAGCAGGCUCUCCAUCCACGCCACCUAAACAACUUCGUGGCUUCCAGAAGCUGAAGUUGGCUUCUGGUGCUUCUGGUACUGCCACAUUCGUCCUCAAGAGAAAAGAUCUUGCCUACUGGAACACCGCAUCUCAACGUUGGGUUGUGCCUACUGGAAACUUCAAUAUCUUCAUUGGUGCUAGCUCCCGUGACAUCAGGCUCCAAGGUACUAUGGGCCCCAGUGGAAGCACUACAACCACAAUUGGGGGCUCUACUUCUAGCACCACAACCGCACAAACAACCACCCGUGUCACCACUACGCCUUCAACUACAGUCACAACCACCCGCACAACAACAGCGCCUACUACCACCAGGACUACAACUGUAGCGACAACUACUCGCGCUACUACCACGGCAGUUAUUACCACCACUGCAGCACCAACUGGGGGGCCAUUGCAAAGCAAAUGGGGUCAGUGUGGCGGAGUAGGUUACACAGGCGCGAGUGUAUGCUCUCCAACAGCGACUUGCUCAACCUUGAAUCCAUACUAUGCACAAUGCUUGUAG